UGAGAACCACUGCUCUAUAAGAAAGAAUGACAGGCACUGCCAAGUACACAAAUAAAAGUAUAUUUAUUAAUAUUUAAGUAUCUUUAAAAGAUAGCUGGCUGAGCAUUAGUUUUCUAUAGCUGUGUAACAAAUUUCCACAAAUGCAGCAGCUUCAAACAGCACUCACUAGCUCACAGUUCUGUGGGUCUAAAUCUAUUGAAGUGUGGCUAUGUUUUCUGCUCUGAUACCUAACAGCUGAUAGCAGGUGUUGGCUGGUGUGAGUUCUCAGCUGGAGGGUGUGUCGGGUGGGGGGUGGGGGAUGCACUUCCAAGCUCACGCUAAUUCCUGGCGGGAUUCUGUUCCUACAAGGCUACAAGGCUGAGGUCCCUGUUUCUGUAGUGGCUGUCGGCUCCCCUAGAUCACCCACACUGCUUGCCACAUGGCACCUUCUACCUUCAGGCCAGUAAUGCUCACAUGUUUGUUGUGCUUCAGAUCUUUGGCUUCCCUUCUGCGAUUAGCUGGAGAUAUCAUAUUUCUUAUCUGUAAAGUGAGGAUGUUAGAUCAGGUCAGUUUUUGUUUUGUUUUUCGUUAGAUUUCCUAAGAAAGAAUUUGUGGUAGUAAAAUAAUUUGAUUCCAAAUGAAAUUUAGCAUUGAACCUUGGAGGUUAAGGGGGGAAAGGCAAUGUACGUACCUCUUUUCUUCCUACCCCUGGGCACUUGUGGACUAUCUCUGCUGUUCCUCUGCGGUGGUUUUUGAGUUCUAUCCUGCUGGGAAGAGGGAGUUUAGGCUGAGGAUUUAUGAAGCGUCCCAGGCACAGCUAACUUUCCUCAUGUUUCUUUCUUUUCUCCAGCUUUGCCUUCUUGGAUCUCUCAUUCCUCAAGAAAGUAUCAACAAGCACACAGAGGGCAUGGAAGCCCAGUCACUCCCUGCCCGGUUCCCCGCACUGGUGACCUUCAAGGAUGUGCUUGUGAACUUCACCAGGGAGGAGUGGAGGCUCCUGGACGCCGCGCAGCAGGUCAUGUACCGAGAUGUGAUGCUGGAGAACUAUAGGAACCUGGUUUCCUUGGGACAUCGCCUUCCCAAGCCUGAUGUGAUCCUCCAGUUGGAAAAAGGGGAAGAGCCAUGGCUGGUGGAGAGAGGGACUCGCCAAGAUGCCCAUCCAGAUUGGGAUACUGCAGUUGAAAUUAAAGCAAUUUCCAAUAAGAGUAUUUCUAAAGAUAAACAAUCCUAUGACAUUAAAAAGGAAGGAAUGGUAAAGAGUGAUCUGUGGUAUCUGUCCUUAGAAGAAGUCUGGAAAUGUGAAGAUCAGUUGGACAGGUGUCAGAAAAACCAGGACAAACGUUUGAGGCAAGUGGCAUUUACCCAGAAGAAAGUAUUUUCUCCAGAAAGAGUCAAUGAACAUGGUAAAUUCAGGGAAAACUGUCUUCUUCCUGGUCAGCUAUUACAGAGAGAGUAUUUCCACAAACAAGACUCAUGUACUAAAAGUUCACAAGGUGAUUUAGUUAUUAGCUGUCAUCAGGAAAGCUCUGUAAGUAAUAGUAGUGAAUGUGGCCAAACCUUCUGUCGGAACAUUCACCGUAUUCAAUUUGCAAAAACUCAAACACGAGAUAAAUCCUAUAAAUGCCCAGAGAAUGAUAACUCUCAUAGGCAUGGCCCAUCCCCUGGUAUAUCCAAGGGUAUACAUAGAGAGAAACCAUAUGAAUGUAAGGAAUGUGGAAAAUUCUUUAGCUGGCGUUCUAAUCUUACCAGGCACCGGCUUAUUCACACCGGAGAAAAACCCUAUGAAUGUAAAGAAUGUGGAAAAUCUUUCAGCCGUAGUUCUCACCUCAUUGGACAUCAAAAGACUCACACUGGUGAGGAACCCUAUGAAUGUAAAGAAUGUGGAAAAUCCUUCAGCUGGUUCUCCCACCUUGUUACCCAUCAGAGAACUCAUACAGGAGACAAACUCUACACAUGUAAUCAGUGUGGGAAGUCUUUUGUUCAUAGCUCCAGGCUUAUUAGGCACCAGAGAACUCAUACUGGGGAGAAACCUUAUGAAUGUUCUGAAUGUGGGAAAUCUUUCAGACAGAGCACACAUCUCAUUUUGCAUCAGAGAACUCAUGUUCGAGUGAGGCCCUAUGAAUGUAAUGAAUGUGGGAAGUCUUAUAGCCAGAGAUCUCAUCUCGUUGUACAUCAUAGAACUCACACUGGACUGAAACCCUUUGAGUGUAAAGAUUGUGGAAAAUGCUUCAGUCGAAGUUCUCACCUUUUCUCACACCAAAGAACCCACACUGGAGAGAAACCAUACGAAUGUCAUGAUUGUGGAAAAUCCUUCAGCCAGAGUUCUGCCCUCAUUGUGCAUCAGAGAAUUCAUACUGGAGAGAAACCAUAUGAAUGUUGUCAGUGUGGGAAAGCCUUCAUUCGGAAGAAUGACCUCAUUAAGCAUCAGAGGAUCCAUAUUGGAGAAGGGACUUAUAAAUGUAACCGUUGCAAAAUUACAUUUGUCCUCAACUCUCCAUUUAUAGUACGUCAGAUAGCUCACACUGGAGAGCAGUUCCUAACCUGCAGUCGGUGUGGGACAGCACUUGUUAAUAGCCCUAACCUUAUGAGACACCAGACAAGUGAUAUUAGAGAAAGUACAUAUUAAUAUAAUGAAUAUGAAGAACUUUUCACAAA